GAGAGGCGAAAUUUGAAAAGGACAAAGCCGCAAGAUGGAAAAUACUUAAAUGUAGUGGGGAAGAGGGAGAAGGGAGAAGGGAGAAGGGAGAAAAAAGUGAGAAAAUCUGGCUACUCUUUGAUACAAAUACAAUCCCAGAUUACGCGCAUCUCCUCUCCUCCCUCGUUCCCCAUUUUGAACAUUCUCAUUUCGCCUUCCACUUUUCCUCUUUUUGUUUUUCUCUCUGUCUUCCCUCUUUCUAUUUGUGUCUGUAUAUAUAUAUACACACACAUACACACACAAACUCUCAACCAACAGCACUAACACACAUACACACAAAAUCUCUCUCUCUUUCUGACUCUGACUCUGACUAGCCUUCCCUCCUCUCCUUUUCAUUCUCUUUUUUUUUUUUUAUCGUUUUCCGCCGCACAGGCGCAGAUCGUCUCCCUGUUUCUUCCUUGUCGAUCUGUACGGGUCGAUGCGGCUACCUCUGAUUGAUUGACUUCAAUUCUACUCUGUUGUUUUUUUAUAAGCUGCUGAGUUGUCUGUCAUGGGCCAGUGUUAUGGUAAAACUGUCCCUACAGUCCGCGAUUCUGAUGGAGCAGUCGUCACAGCUGUUGGGAAUACUGGUGAAGACGCCGAUCAGCCUUUGCCACAGACGCCUGUUAACAACAACAACAACAACAACAACAGCAGCAAUUUUCCGUCUGUUAAAAAUACUCCUGCUCGAUCCUCUGCUAAUAGUCCUUGGCCGAGUCCGUAUCCGCACGGUGGUGCGGGUGUGACUCCGUCUCCUGCUAGGUCUACUCCCAGAAGGUUCUUCAAGCGCCCUUUUCCUCCGCCGUCUCCGGCCAAGCACAUCAAAGCGUCGCUUGCUCGGCGAUUUGGCCAUGCGAAGCCGCCUACGGAAGGGCCAAUUCCCGAGGAUGUUACAGCAGAGACUGAUCAGUCGUUGGAUAAGAAUUUUGGAUACACCAAGAAUUUCGGAGCCAAGUUUGAGUUGGGGAAAGAGAUCGGCCGUGGCCAUUUUGGUCAUACAUGUCACGCAAAGGGCAAGAAAGGUGAACUUAGGGACGUACCGGUUGCUGUCAAAAUCAUCUCUAAAGCUAAGAUGACAACUGCAAUCUCCAUUGAAGAUGUACGCAGAGAGGUGAAGAUAUUGAAGGCUCUAUCAGGCCAUAAGCAUCUCGUGAAAUUUUACGAUGCUUGUGAGGAUACUAAUAAUGUGUACAUAGCAAUGGAGUUGUGUGAAGGAGGAGAAUUACUUGACAGAAUAUUGUCAAGAGGCGGUAAAUACUCAGAGGAUGAUGCCAAACUAAUUAUUCUUCAAAUUCUAAAUGUAGUUGCAUUUUGCCAUCUCCAAGGUGUGGUCCACCGUGAUCUAAAGCCCGAGAAUUUCCUUUUUACUUCCCGAAGUGAAGAUGCUGAUAUGAAGCUUAUUGAUUUCGGGCUUUCUGACUUUAUAAGACCAGAAGAAAGACUUAAUGAUAUUGUCGGAAGCGCAUACUAUGUGGCACCAGAAGUUCUCCACAGGUCUUACAGUUUGGAAGCGGAUAUAUGGAGUAUUGGGGUGAUUACCUACAUUUUGUUAUGUGGAAGCAGACCGUUCUGGGCAAGGACUGAGUCUGGGAUUUUUCGCGCAGUAUUGAGAGCUGACCCUAACUUUGAAGACUUACCUUGGCCUUCUGUGACCCCUGAGGCCAAGGACUUCGUAAAGAGGCUUUUAAACAAAGACUAUCGUAAGAGGAUGACUGCUGCUCAAGCUUUGACGCAUCCAUGGUUGCGCAGUGAAAGCCAUCCUAUUCCUUUGGAUAUAUUGGUCUAUAAGUUGGUGAAGUCAUAUCUUGAUGCUACACCUCUCAAACGGGCAGCACUAAAGGCUCUUUCUAAAGCUUUGACGGAAGAUGAACUGGUUUACCUAAGAGCUCAAUUUAUGCUUCUGGAACCUAGUGAAGAUGGUCGUGUCUCUCUUGAAAACUUCAGAUUGGCUCUUUUAGGAAAUGCUACUGAUGCUAUUAAGGAGUCAAGGGUGCCCGAUAUUCUGAAUGCGAUGGCAACAUUGUCAUACCGGAGGUUGGAUUUUGAAGAGUUUUGUGCGGCUGCAAUCAGCACAUAUCAAUUGGAAGCCCUCGAGGGCUGGGAGCAGAUUGCAUCAGUGGCAUUUGAACAUUUUGAGCAAGAGGGAAAUCGGCAUAUUUCAGUGGAGGAAUUGGCUAGGGAGUUGAAUGUAGGACCAACUGCUCAUUCCAUUCUCAGAGAUUGGAUAAGAAGUGAUGGGAAACUCAGUUUGCUUGGAUAUACCAAAUUUUUGCAUGGUGUGACUCUUCGGAGUGCACAUAUGAGACAUCAUUAGCAUGCUUAACUUACUCUUUUGGAUAGUGUUUGGCAAAAUGAUAGAAACUGUUGAUUAAAAAAAAAAAAAAGAAAGAAUACAUUGAUGAUAUGAAGAUAUUUUUUCUUA